AUGGAUGGCGGCUAUUUGCGUGUGCACGUAUAUUAUAAUCAGAAGCGGCCAUUUUCAAUCGAAAAAACCCUCUCUAUUACGACUGCUACUCGCUGCCAUCUCUUACCAGCGAACCCAAUCUCCAAUGACGCUGUCUUCUCUGUUUAUUGUUUUCUAUUGAACUCUCUCUGUCUUUCUUCCUCUCUCUGUCUUUCUUCCUCUCUGUCUUUUUCUUCCUUUAAAUCUGUCUUUUCUUCCUCUCUUUUUUCCUUCUCUCUAAAAUCUCUCUUUCCUUCCUCUCUCUCUGUCUUUCUUCCUCUCUCUGUCUUUCUUCCUCUCUCUCUGUCUUUCUUCCUCUCUCUCUGUCUUUCUUCCUCUCUCUCUGUCUUUCUUCCUCUCUCUCUGUCUUUCUUCCUCUCUCUGUCUUUCUGCCUCUCUCUGUCUUUAUUUCCCCUCUCUCCAGUCUUUCUUCCUCUCUCUGUCUUUCUUCCUUUAAACUCUUUCUUCUUUUUUUUCUCUCUCUCUUCUUCUCUCUCUCUUCCUCUCUCUUUUUCCUCUCUUUCUAUUGUUUUCUUUGAACUCUCUCUGCUUUCUUCCUCUCUCUCUCUCUCUCUCUCUUCUUCUCCUCUCUCUGUCUUUCUUCCUCUCUCUCUCUUCCUCUCUCUGUCUGUCUUUCUGUCUCUCUCUCUGUCUUCCUCUCUGUCUUUCCUUCUGUCUCUUUCUCUCUCUCUUCUUUCUCUCUCUCUCUCUCUUUCUUUCUCUCUUUCUUUCUUUCUUUCUCUCUUUCUUUCUUUCUUUCUCUCUUUCUUUCUUUCUUUCUCUCUUUCUUUCUUUCUUUCUCUCUUUCUUUCUCUCUUUCUUUCUCUCUCUUUCUUCCUCUCUCUCUCUGCAUUUCCGAAUUUAAAGAACAAGUACGCAGUCCGACUCUACAACGCCCCUCGCCAUUUUGUUCAUAUUCCUGAAUCGGCAAUAGUAUCUAAACGUUCGACGUUGCAAAAAAUAUUAUUGCCUAAAAAUCGUACGAUUCUAACUUAUUCUCCUCUCUCUCUACCUCUCCACAUCUACCCCUCUACCUCUCCACCACAUCUACCCCCCCACCUCAUCUACCCCCCUCUCCUCUCCCACAUCUUCUACCUCUCCCACAUCUACACCUCACAUCUACACCUCUACCUCUCCCAUCUCUCUCCUCUCCCAUCUCACCUCUACCUCUCCACAUCUACACCUCUACCUCUCCACAUCUACACCUCUACCUCUCCACAUCUACACCUCUACCUCUCCACAUCUACACCUCUACCUCUCCCUCUACCGCUCUCUCUUUCUUUUUAUUUCUCCGCUCUCUCUUUCUUUUUAUUUCUCCGCUCUCUCUUUCUUUUUAUUUCUCCGCUCUCUCUUUCUUUUUAUUUCUCCAUCUCUCUUUCUUUUUUAUUUCUCUCUCUCUUUCUUUUUAUUUCUCCGCUCUCUCUUUCUUUUAUUUCUCCGCUCUCUCUCUCUUUCUCCUCUCUCUCUCUCUCUUCUUUCUCUCUUUUUCUCUCUCCUCUUUCUCCUCUUUCUCUCUCUCUCUCUCCUCUCUCUCUCUCUUUCUCCUCUCUCUCUCUCCUCUUUCUCUCUCUCUCUCUCUCCUCUUUCUCUCUCUCUCUCUCUCCUCUUUCUCCUCUCUCUCUCCUCUUUCUCCUCUCUCUCUCUUUCUCUCUCUCUCUCUCUCUCUCUCUCUCUCCUCUUUCUCCUCUCUCUCUCUUCUCUCCUCUCUCUCUCUCUCUCUCUCUCUCCUCUCUCUCUCUCUAUCAACAGUAG